AUGACAGACAACCCACACUCUAUUGAAGAUGAGGCACUGGCUAUUGUACAUUUUAUGCAUCUAUCGAGCUAUCAAGGGUCACAUUCAUAGCAAUCUUUACUCCUAAUGCAAACUAACACCAGUAUUAGUGAAAAUUUAAUCUACGAGUUAGCCUUCUAAAAUCCGGAUGAUUUCGAAAUGAUAUUGGCAAAUAUGCAUUAGUCCAUACUAAUCCAGUUUCUAACUAAACUACAGAAUCGCAGCCAUUUUUAAGAUUGCAAGAUCUACAGUGAUUUCCACACCCUAUUUGAUAUGAUAAUCGUGGCUUAAAUGUAUAUUUACAAAGGCAAGUUCGAUCAUAAUCACUGUUUAUAUAGGAAUUGUAAAUAUGACUAUCUAGAGAGCAAAAAUAAGCCAUCUUGGCAAGUUCAGCACUGGAUAUACUAAUUUGAAUUGAUUUAUUCAAUCAAACAACUAUUGCAACCAAAGAUAACAUCACUGCAUUCUAAAUGA